AUGGCCCCGUUCCAAGCCGAUGACAACGUCCUCUUUAUGUACCACUGUCUCAACAGCGCUUCUGGAAAGAUUGACUGGAAUGCUGUGGCCGUUGCGACAGGGUCGACCAGAGGGGCUGUGGAAAUUCGCUGGCGGCGGCUCAAGAAAAAGAUCGAGGAAAACGCAAACACUACACAAACUACUACGCCAACACCAGCCCAACCUCCCCAAGGACGGAAGGCCAGCCAGGGGAAGAAGCAGAAAACCGGAGGUGUCAAACGUAAGAUUCAAGACGUCGACAAUGAUGAUGGUGAUGAUCAAGACGACGCAGACGUUGCUGGGCCUCCUCAAGUUGACGGCCAGGUUGAUAUCAAACCAUUCUCUGUUCGACUUCGAACUCGCGGGAAGCAAGUGAACUAUGAGCCUAACGCUUGCGGGGUCGAAGACGAGGACUCCAGUGCUAUUACAUCUUCAGGGGAUGAUGAUGAUUAUGUCGUCGGCGCCGAAGCGAUCAAGGGAGCAAAGCGUCACAAAAAGGCGCAGCCAUUGCCCGUGAAAGUCCAGCCCCGUCCAGGGAAUGCCGAGGGCAGACGACUGAACAUUCGCAAUCUUCCUUGUGGGAUCACUGAGCGUGAUCUCAGAAAGUUCUUCACGGGAUUUGACGUCGAAUCUGUUACCCUCUUUCCCCAAUGGAGUGACACGCGUGUGGCCGGUCAUGCUUCUCUUGAUCUCAAGUCGUCUGAAGAUGCGGAAGAAGCAGUUCGAGCUCUAUCACACACACCGAUUCGUGGACAACAGGUCAUAAUGCAAGUCGCCAGAAACCAUAAUCAGACUGUCAUGAGCAAGCCAGCAAAUGUACUUCCUCAACACCAGAUGUGCACCAAGAAAGGCGCGGCACAUAUGAAGGGGAAUGAUGUCCAAGAAAAGCUCCUUGCGGUAUCCGAAGAAAAGGUUAGGUGGUCUGGCAUGGAUCCUGCGGAUAUCCCUCUUCCAAGCAUUGAAUACUCUCCACCAACUUCUCCGUUGAGUGACGUCUUCACAACCGAAGAGGAAGCUGUUGUUGCUGAAGAGAGCAGAAUCACUUUGGAGAGCCUAAAACCUGGCAUGGUUAUCACGCUGCCCCCCAGAAGCCAACCCCAGAUUUUGAACGGCACCGCUGACUGCAGGACGCCCAAGCAAGGUCUGCUGUCUUCUCUGAUCUCAAUUACGUCGUCCCCAUCUGCGAUGACCCUGUCCACAACUACACGCUCUGUCGGCAAGUUGCACCACCAGAGCUUAGCUGACAACGUCGAGAUCCGACCCGAAGAUAGUGUCUCCAACAUCGCUCUUCGCGCAGAACAAGAUUCUGUCUCCCAGGCAGCUACCCCCACAGGGAUCAUGGCAAACACGGUGCAGUUCUUAAAGAAUCUGUGCUUCAACACUGAACAUUGGCAUGUUGAGAGCUUUGAGACACAACGUUGGCGGAACUUUGAACUUGAAGACGACAGCGCGAAGGAAGAAAACACAACUGCUUCUCUCACAACAGUGCUGGAGCCGUCGGCGCUUGAGCUGGGACUCGGGAUGGACCGCUGCAUCGAGUCAGCGCUACGAGCACAUGUGCUCAAGACAUUCACAAGACGCUGA